AUGAUCAGUAGAAUCACACACAUACACGUCCUUGUCUUCUUCCUUCUCUUGUCGGCCGUCGUCCAUGCCCAGUCUAGUUCGCCGCCGGUGGCUUCUCCUAAAGUUACUCCCCACAACUUGGUCUACCCAUCCUUCGAUCCUGUGGUUGUGGCCUUCAUUUGCUUCUUCUUGUUCAUCAGCUGCUGCUCAAUAUACCUCCGCCACUGCUCCACCAUAAACCUGGCCGCCGGAAACCUAACUCCCACCACCACGAAUUGCUCCUCAAAUGAUCCUCAAGGUGUCGAUCCAAAAUUACUGGACACCUUCCCGAUCUUCCUAUAUUCCGCUGUGAAACACCUCAAAUUUGGGAAAGCCCCACUCGAGUGUGCCGUGUGCUUGAGCGAGUUUAACCACCAAGAUACGCUCCGACUGCUUCCGAAAUGUAACCACGUGUUUCAUCCUCAAUGUAUCGACGCCUGGUUAGCCUCUCAUGUGACUUGCCCUGUUUGUCGAUCAAGGCUGAUGCCGGCGGAGGAGGAGCACCACGGUGGUGAAAACGAAGUCGUGAUAGUAAUUCCGAAUGAUGUAAAUGCACAUCAGGUGUUCGAUGAAUGUUCUGUGAGCAGAACGGAGCUUAAUUCAGGCAAUGGAAAAUGUUUGGGGAGGUGUCAUUCAACGGGUCACUCUUUGGGAUUGCGUGAAAUCGGAGGGAAGGACACAAAGAGGUACACUAUUUUGAUGUCGGAGAAUCACGGAGGAAUGCGACGGUCGGCGAGCUACGAAGUGCCUCGUGGACCGCCAGGUGAAGAGAGCAGCAGAGAGCAUUUGAUUGUUCCUCCUCACUUUACUGAUCACCCUGAUCUGAAAUUGCAACACUGUACAUUACAAAUCCUAUGA